CUGAUAAGCGACAGGCUAUACCAGUACCCUGCCAACGCUAGAAUACGCGAAUACCUUGUUAGUAUAAAAGCAUCUUCAAGCAGCGAAAAUGAAGGUUUUAAUCCUUGUAUUGCUGUUUUGUUCUCCUGCUGCUCCGGAAAGCGGACACCAAUUUUCAACACGAACAAAACGAGGUGUAUUCAAUGUCGCAUCAUUGAUCGUUAAAGCUUGCGAUCUCGCCCUAAAUGUUGUUGAAUUCUUCAAGGAUAGCAGCUCAUCAGAGGAUGAGGAACUAAUUGGAAAAAUUGUCGACAAAAUCGAUAAAACAAAUCAGGUGCUUAAAUGGCAUAUACUACAAGUUCUUCAGCUUAAUAAAGUGGAAGACACUCGUCUGGAAAUCCAUAGUGCUCUUAUUGAUUUAAAAAACUGGAUAACAGCAGAAACGGAACAAAGUUCGGAAGAAUCAGAAACCGGAAUUCUACAGACAUCUUACAGCAAAGAUGCAUACAAGGGAAUUUUUCAACGGAGGACAUUUGAUGCAAUUCCAAGAAUACGUUACCUGGCUAAACAUUUUGUCGACAACAUACCAGGAACGUCCAAAAGUCUUAUUGAAUUGAUUUUGGAACCAAAAAGAUGCAAUCUUACCGCACUUUUUGAAAUCCAAGAAGAUGUGUUAAAACUAAUUUCGAGUGGAAUUUUCCUGGAAAUGACGCUAAUGUCACUUGAAGGUGAAACGACACUCCGGAAUGAGAAAUUGUAUUGGGAACAUGAGGUUUCCGAUGUCUUAGAUGAAUUCAAGGCACGUGAAAAGGAAUGUAGGUCCAAAAGACGAUUCUUUGCGCUAGACGAUUUAGAACAGACGAGGGACAUUGCGAAACUUCACAAAUCAAAUUCGGAAUGUUUUCUAUGGGCGUGGAAUGACAUUCUUAUGUUUGAUGAAGACAUUCCGGAUGAUUUACUUUCUUAUUCAGUCGACCCUGCAGCGAGUCUUUAUACUGAUGACACUGAUGACUUACGAAAGAUGGUAAUAUAUGGUGAACAUGAAAACUAUACUACAGCCGACAACGUUGGUGGUAUUAUCUGGAACGCAAUUUACGACCAUUCGUUAAACGAGUCUAAUAAAGCUAAGGACAUAUCAGAUGUGAUAAAACGCGAACUCAUUGAGAAUAAAGUUGGCUAUAAAGCAGUUGUAGUGUACUUCACUGACAACCUUUCACGGUAUCAUCCAAAGGUCCAUAAAGAUGAUCGUUCACCAGCAAUUACAGUACGCCUACAACGAGUGAAUUUUCGCAUCUGUACCAGUCCUCUCUGUGAAGUGAAUUGGGAUAACUGGCUUGCCCUUAGGAAAACCUUAAGUGGCCAUUUUACAAUAUAUGUGAUACCAGGGCUGAACAAAAGAAGUGAUCCCCGGAAUUUGGACAAAAAUCAAAUCAUUUUGGACUCGAGCAAAAAGAAAGAAAACUCGGUGUACAACUCGUAUAUUUCGAGUUCUGCAUGUGGAAACUUUAUAUUGAAUUUGCAACUUCUGAUAAUGUCAUUUCAUUUUUGCGUCAUAUUAAACAACAGUUAGUAACAAAGUGGAUAACUGCUAUCCCUAAUGUUAAGUUUUUGUUGAAAAAGUAUGAACCUUUAGAUGUUGUACUUUAUGUUAAAAGUGAUAUUUCCAAAUAUUUGAUUAUAAACUUUGGGUUUUAAGGGUCAGAUUUCCACAAUAACACAGGGUAAUAAGGGAAUGCCUAUUAAUACAAAUUGCAUAAUUUGCGAUAAAGCAAACAUUAAUUUCUGUAGAAGGUUGUCAAUUGGCAAGAUUCAUAUAUAUGUUGUUGCCGAAAACUGUUGAAAAUAGUUCGGGAGCGGGAAUUCAUAUAAUACGUCUAGAAAAUUCAUGGUAGAGGCUAUUACAAAUUAAACAUAUCCCCCCCCCCCACACACACACAAACGUACACCACCACCACCAACAGUUGGUUCCAGUAUGUGUCAGAGGUAAAUAUACUUCAAACUACAAACACAUAUUGACUAUGUUGAGGAGAAAUGCUGUACAAACUUAACGAUAGUUUGUGCAUUGUAUUUUAGCUCACCUGAACACACAGUGCUCAGCGAGUGCUAUUGUGAUAGGGUGAUUGUCCAUCGCCCGUCCGUCCUUCGUCAACCUUUUUCAUUAAACACUUUCUCACCCUAAACCAGUAUGACUAAUUGAACCUUUGAAAUUGAAAUUAGGCUUCGAUCUCGCAUGGUAUGAAACCACUGGGGGGUGUAUAUCACAUACCCCCCCCCCCCCUAGCUACUAACAGUGUGACUAAUAAUACCAUGUUAGAAUAUAUAGACAGUACAAAGUGCCUAAAUUUAUGGAAAAAAAAUCAAUAUUUUUUCACAUGAUUUGACAUUAUUAUUUAUAGCUUGGAAUUAAAAGAUGUUGUUUUUUUUCAAUUAAAUAAAAUAGGAUUUAAAAUCUGGUGCCAGUAUGUAAUCAUUAUUCAGGGCCUGUUCACAAUGCAAGAGCUAGUUUGAAGAACCGAAACAACAUUUUCAAAAUUUCAUUUUAAGCUCAACUAUUCUGAGAAUAAGGAGAGAGCUAUUCUGCUAACCCUGGCGUCGGCGUCACAUCAUAGUUAAGGUUUUGCAUGAAAGUACUUUUAAGACAUAAUCACAGUAAACUGAUAAUGUAUUGCAUGGAAACUUUAAAUAUAUUAUUCCAACUUUCCAACCUACUUAAUUAAUGAAUGAAGUAAGAUAACAUAAUUUGAAUUUAAUGUUAAAUUUUGGGCCUUUAUUAUUCGACUAAGACUUUAUACUAUGAUAUUAAACCAUUCAACCUAGUCGAAUUACCAAGUUAGAUAACUUUAUUUUGCUUUAUAUUUUUGCAAAGGAUGGCCCUUUAUUAUUCAACUUUAAGGUGAAGGUCUUGCAUGUUACCACGUAUAAGACAAUAUCUCAGCAAAUACAUCAUGAAUUGCAUUGAAACUUUAGACAUGUGUUCUAUUCAACCUACUUCAUGAAUAAAAUUAGAUAACUC